UUCAUCACCAGAAUCUAUCCCGAUAAGACACACGUUAUUACUUACUCCGAUUCCCAGAUAAUAUAUUUUAUUCUCAAACCAAAAACCCUUGAAAACAGGAGAGUGAAUUCAGAAUUUCAGAUACAAAGAGAAGCAGUGAAUCAUCAUCAUCAACCGUCCAAGCAACAAACACCAGAUGGGCAAGAAAGAAAGUUUAGAAGAUGGAGUUGCAGUUCCAUUACUUGAACCUAGUUAUUCAGAUAUACGAGGAGGAACAUCUACAUCUAUUCAAACAAUUGGAAACAUCAUAGUAUCUAUAGUUGGUACUGGUGUUUUAGGUCUUCCUUUUGCUUUCAAAAUCUCUGGUUAUCUUACUGGUUCUAUCGGUGUUAUCAUUGCCGCCCUGUCCACUUUCUACUGCAUGAAUCUCCUUGUUCAUUGCAGGGAUAGUAUAGAAAAAGAAGAACCAGGACAAGUAAAAACAUAUGGAGAUAUAGGGCAAAAAGCAUUUGGAUUACCAGGGAGAUAUCUGACAGAAACCCUAAUUAUAAUAUCACAAUGUGGUGGUUCAGUAGCUUAUUUAAUCUUCAUUGGUCAAAAUCUUUCAUCAAUUUUCAAACACCAGAAUAUACCUGUUUCUUGGUUUAUAAUUUCAUUAAUACCCAUGGAAAUUGUUUUAUCAUGGAUUCAAUCGCUUUCGACUUUGUCGCCUUUCAGUGUUUUUGCAGAUAUUUGCAACGUUUUAGCAAUGGGUAUUGUAUUUAAACAAGACUUGCAGUUAUUUGAUGGGAUUUCUGAGAGAAAAGCAAUCACAACUGAGGGAAUUAUUAGUCAAGGUUUAGUGUUUUCGUGUGGAAUUGCAGUGUUUUGUUUUGAGGGUUUUGGUAUGACAUUGGCUUUGGAAAGUUCGAUGAAAGAUAAGAAGAAGUUUAAAUGGGUUUUGGGUUAUGCUUUUUUAGGGAUUACAUUUGUGUAUAUUUGUUUUGGAUUAUUCGGGUACCUGGCUUAUGGUGAUGCGACGCUAGAUAUUGUUACUCUCAAUCUUCCUAAUGACUGGUCUUCUACUGCUGUUAAGAUCGGACUAUGCUUGGGGUUGACAUUUACAUUCCCUAUAAUGGUUCACCCGAUUCACGAGAUUGUGGAAGGAAAGCUGAAAGAAAGUAUGUGGUUUCAGAAACUCUGUUAUUCAGACAAGGAGGAAGUAUUCGAAAAGAGAGAAAGGUAUGGACUGUACCUGUGUAGGGCUUCCCAGGUGAUUGGACAGGCCCUGAUAGCAUUAUGUGUUCCUGGGUUUGGUGUUUUUGUUUCACUGGUCGGAAGUACAGUUUGUGCACUGCUAGCCUUUGUUUUGCCUUCUACAUUUCACUUGAUAUUCGUUGGAUCCUCUUUGGCAUUGUGGCAAAGAGCAUUGGAUAUCAUCAUUCUGUUUUGUGGAUUUUGUUUUGCUGUUUAUGGCACUUACAAUGCCAUUGUUGGUGGUUCAAGUUAGGGUUACAGUACCGACUACUCUACUCAUGUACAUCUUAAAUCUUGUCUACUGCUCUGGUGGGUUCCAACUUCCAAGUAGAUUUCCUGGGCUGAUUAUCGUCUCUAGUUCUGUACCCUGUAUCUGAAGGAUCCGUGAAGUACUUCGUAGUUCUUAUGUACUGUACAUGGAUUUCAAAAGGUUAUAGAAUACUGCUGCUCUGGUGGUUCCAACUUCCAAGUAGGUUUCUGCACCCCGUAUCUGAAGGUCCCGUGAAGUACUUCAUAGUUCUUGUGCACUGUACAUGGAUUUCAAAAGGAAGGGGACUAUCAGAAUGAUAUAUUUCUUCACUCAUAUACCUUAUACAUAGUCUACAAUCUACAUGGAGUUGAACAUGGAAAGGUUAACAUUGCAAUGACUGGAUCACGGCGUUAAAUAUUUUUUUUUAUGCAUAUCAGUUACCUGCUAGUUAAAUAUUUGUUUUCAGUAAUUCGCAUCUGCUAUUGGUUUGUCUAUACAAUCUACUGAAGAUAUUGA